UUCGGGUAACCAUCUGAUGACGUGUUUUUAGAAUAGGAAGUAGUGUUGGCAACCUGCUGAUGUCACAGACGCUGGUUUCGUAAGGCGGUGUAUAAUCCUUCGGGUGUGGUUUAUUAGGACAUGCUGUCCUCCUGCCCUGAUUCAAUCUGGUAUUGUUCGGAUUGGCUGCGUACUUGACCGAUCCUUCACUUGUAGGCACAGAAGAAUUUCCUUACGAUCGAUCACAUCUUAGAGAAAUUAAGCGACGCCACUACUGUGCUGCUCUUGUUCUCUCUGUUCCUGUUCCCGCUCCGAAUUUGGUUGUCCUUCAUGUCUUCCUUGAUCAUUUUAUAGGUUCUUGAGAACGACGAAACGAAGAUCUGAAUGUAGAUGUUUUACCAGCUUGGAGGGGUAACGUUGCGGUUCUGCGGAACUUGUGCUUGGCAGGAAUAUGGAACGAAAUAGAUGAGUCGCGAGUACAAAUCAAUUUUCCUCGGUGCGUCUUCUGAUUUUCGUUCGUGGAGAAUUCAGCGCUACCAGAUUUCUUGGAUCCUUGAGUUGAUAGAUUUUGAGGAUCGUGCGCAUUGUGGACUCCGAGAGAAGAUUAGAUCAAAGACUGCGUGAAUAUGGGGCGUGCUAAGAUAGAGAUUAAGAAGAUAGAGAAUCCAAGCGCUCGCCAGGUUUGUUUUUCCAAGCGAAGAGGGGGGCUCAUCAAAAAAGCCAGCGAGCUUUCAAUUCUUUGCGGAUCUGAGGUGGGCGUGAUUGUCUUUUCGCAGGCGGGAAAAGCCUUCUCUUUCGGCCACCCUUCGAUAGACUACGUUAUAGACAAAACCUUGUCCGGAGAGUCUUCCGACUCUGACAGCGGGUCCGCCGUCACCGACGUUGCGAGCCAGAAGGUGCAACAAGUCCAAGCGCUACAACAGCAACAGAAGCAGGUCACGCAGCUGCUCGCUUCGGAGCGAGAGCUUCAGCGCCGACUGUUAUCUUACCCCUUUUGGUGGCAGAAGCCAGUGACGAACUACCGACCCCAAGAGCUUCACUAUUUACUGCAGCGCCUCGAUGGUCUCUACGAGAUGCUGCUAAGCCGUGCCGCAGCUUUGCAACAUGGCACCACCGUCAACACAUCCGUUGAAAUGAUGCAAAACAGACUAACCAACACAGAGUCGGGGGAGUAAUCGGGUGUGAUGGAGGCAGCGGCGGCACAGGAGGUGGCAAAGAUGUCGCGUGCGUCUGAGCAGGAGCGGAAAAUGGUGAUGCUGAGGCAAGGUUGCUAGUGCUUGGGAACUUGACCCCGUCAUCUGGACAAGCAGCUGGGGAUUUGUAUGAUCGCGAGGUGUCUGCCUUUGUUGAGGAUUGUCUACCAGAUGGUCCAUCGGCCCCGGCGGAUAAUGGCCAGUUUAUCAUGAACUUGGCGGCUCCAUGUUGGGAUAUGUCGCCGAAGCCAGGUUUCUUUGACAUGACACCAUUUUCGAAGCCUGAGAGCGAAUUCGAAACUAGAAAUUCCCGAGUAAAGUUUCUACUAAAGUUGAUCCUUACAAGUACUUGCAAAAACCUAAGAACAAUUUGGCAAUCGUUCGGUUGGGAUGAAGUAGCGCAUGCCAGGUUUUACGGUUUUGCAACGCUGUCAGGAGAAAAGCUCUUGUCGUGACAGCAACAGGAAACACGACAAGAGGCCAUAUACAGCUGCCUUAGUAGUACCUGCCGAUCUUUGUUUUCGACAAGGUUUUUGGCUGUUGAACUUUGUUGUAUAGCUACGCAAGAGGAAUACGGUGUCGAGAAUUCGGAACACAUGGGUGGAAUAUACCAGAUGUAGCAUAUUUGUGGUGCAUUAAGUGAAAGAUGAGUAGGGUUAAGUUCAACUGUACUCAAUAUGUAACUAUACUAUGGUGUACAAUUGUGUACAAUGAUAGCGAACAGUUGUUAAUAUUAUUUCACGUCUUCGAACUUUGUACAGAACUACGGCGAAAUCAAACAAAAAACAAAAACUUUUUGUCGUUUC